GUGCUUUACUAUUAUAUAGCGGCGAGUCUUUCAUCAGCAAUAUCUUGCGCACCUAGUUUUAAUAGUGCAAUUUGAACCAUCCAAGCAGUUAAAAACGCUAUAUGAAGUAUGGACAGACAGCUGAGGGAGACACUAUGUCCAACCCUACAGGCACCGUGAAGGCAGAGGGCAUCAUGGUGACUGAUUUUGGUAGCGCACCACCACAGGGCUGUCCGAUGCAUCGAGAUAUUAAUAAAAGUACCCCUCCACCAGAAUGUCCAAUGCAUCAGGCGUCUGCAUCUGCUAGCGAUAAGCUGAAGAAAGCACCAGAUGUACCAGCACAUCAGGAUAGGGCUUAUGAAUUUGUAGAGUGUCCUAUGAGAGCUGCCAAUGGGGCUAAACCCACAAUGUCUGACAUCAAUCCAGCAAACAUGAUGCCACCACCAAACCAGCAACCUUCACCUGGUCAACCAUUUCGACUUUCUGUUGUAAGAGAGGAGUCUACCAUCCGUCGUGCUGGAUCUGAGCAGAACUGGGUUUAUCCCUCAGAGCAGAUGUUCUGGAAUGCCAUGCUGAGGAAAGGAGAAUGCCCAUGUGGACCUUCUCUUCUAAGGUUUGGUGGAAAAGCAAAAGACUUUUCACCCAGAGCUAGAUUUCGCCACUGGAUGGGGCAUGAGCUACCGUUUGACAGGCACGACUGGAUUAUUGACCGAUGUGGAAAAGAAGUCAGAUAUGUGAUAGACUACUAUGAUGAAGGCCAAAUGGCUAAGCACACAAUCCUUGAUGUGCGUCCAGCCUUUGAUUCAUUAGAAGCUGUUUGGGACCGUAUGAAAGUGGCCUGGUGGCGCUGGACCUCCACAUGAAUUUUUUGUGAUCUUUAGGACAUACUGGAACUGAUAUUUAUAUAGCUUAGUCUGUGGAAGGUUUUUAUUAUUAUUUUUUUUUUUUUGGAUGACAUGAUGUUCUUUUUGUAAAUGAAUCCUGAAAGACCUUAUAUCAUUAUGUUUGUGUCCUGAAUUUGGUGCGCAUUUUUUCAAGAUAAUGAUACUUGCAAAACCUGCUAUAGUGGCACCAUGUGCUGUUGUAGGUACAGUGUCAUGCAAUUAAAAACAAAGUUGCAUAAAAUCGUUUAGUAGCAUUAUGAAUGCAAUAAAAUGCAAGUAUGACUUUUAGAAACUAACGUUGACCGUUACAUUUUACCUACUUGUUUUAUUUUAAAGCAUUCACAAUGUUAAUCACCCAAAAUGACAGAAUCUAAUGACUGUGAAUAGGCUGACACACACACACACACACACACACACAUACACACACACACACAUACAUAUAUAUAAUUAUAAUUUUUUUUAUUUUGUUUUCUUUUACUGCUGUGUUCUUUUUUAUCAAUUAUUUAUUUCUGCCAUACAGUUAGUUGUUAAAAGAAUGUACCACUAAAAUGUUCAAAACAAAAUACCAUGAUGAAAUAAUGUACUCUACAGAACUGAAAUCAAAUACAGUCAAACAAGACCAUUUAUUUUAUUUUUUUUUAUUUUUUUUGUGUAAAUUAAUUUUCUUCAAAUGCUGUAAUUUGUAUUUAAGCUUCCCAGAAAUGGCACUUUUGUGGAAUGCUACUAUACAACAAAUUCAUAGAUCAGCAAGUAUUAAUUGUUAUAUAUCACUAUUGAAAUGUGAUUUAUGCAAAACACGUUGUCAGGCGGAACUGGUUUUCUGUAGUAGUGUUUCUACACAAAAUAUGUAUAGGUCACUAUACAUUUCUGUGGGAAUUACCCUUUUCUCCAAAUACUGCUGAAGCCUUAUUGAAUCACGCCAGUGAAACUGGCCAAUAGCAGUCAAGCGCAUGAAAUAUGAGAGGCCCCCCACUCUAUAUAAAGCAGAGCUUGUACGUCAUCCAUUCAAUAUCUAUUUCUUCAGCCAACCUUCUACAAGAUGUAAGAAGUCUAUCAACAAGACUACUCACCGUGAUCUACACACUGCAGCGGACAUGCCUUCUCUUCCCCUCCUGUGUUCCAGUGAGCUUCGGAAACGAGGAUGACUCGCGAUUGCCUCUCCUGCGCAGAGCCAAUCAAACUCUCUAAUGGGUCACACCCACACAAAAGCGCUGCUUGGGGGGUCGGACUGCCCCCACUGCGGAGAUAUGAGCCUCUGGACUCUCAAGCUCCAUGUGGCCAUCGUCCAAGGCGAUGAACUCACCCAACAAGUCCUGCCACGCUCUUCCUCUGCAGUCUCUUUCGAGCCAAGGAGGAAAGUGCCACGAGCUUCUGAUGCGGAUCUGUCAGGGUCAGGUUAUGAACCCGAAUUGGCUCUUUGCCCAUGUGCUCCUUAUCCCUACUGCUGCAGGUCCCCUUCCAGUGCGCUUAAUGACUGCUGUUCUCCGCCUCUCCCCUAUCACUUAAGAUAUGGUGUCCUUCGGUGCCAUGGAGGGUGUCAGCGUCUGCGAGAGAGGAUAGUGAUGUCCAUCCUAGUGAUGUUGAGCUCCUUAACGUCCUGUCCAAGGUAGUUGAUGAGCUCGGCUUGGAGUGGGUGCCUCCUGCCGAGUUGGCCAGAAGCUGUCUGGAUGAGUGGUACCUCCAGUCAGAUCGCGGCCGAAAGGACACACC